CCGUCCUCAGCACAGUCCUCCACCGUCUAUGGUCCUUUGAGCGAAAGAGCGCCUGCCCCCUUCUCUUUCUCCAAGCCUUCCUCCCCCUCGAUAAGCCUCGCCGUAACAAGGACAACGCCUGGAAUCCUCGCGACCCUUGCCGGUUUCUACACUCCCGCACUCUCAACAGGACCUACAGUACGCUUGAGCCUCGCUCGCGACUGUCCUCACCAACCCUCAGCCGCCCUCUUCACCUCCGCCCUCCCCUAACUGUCCGCUGAGCCCCGCUCGCGACCUGCAUAUCAAAUCUUCCAACACCGCCUCCUCUCCCACUUAGUCCCCGGUCUCCGCUGAGCAAUCGCGUGCCGGUAACUCUACGUCCUCUCGCCCAAAACACUCCGCCUCGCCACCCGAUAGACUGCACGUUCUCCGAUCUUCACCGACCCACCUUCGCUCACCUAACGCCCAUCGCUUUAUCUACGACCAUGUCUCUUCUCAACUCACCCGCCUCCGGCAACUCGCCCUCUUCCGCUGACUCCCCCAACGCCCCUCUCACUCCUGCUUCCCCCACAAACCCCGUCCAGACCCUCACCCUCCCCCCUCCCGCCGACCAGUCUUCCAACCAGUCCGCCACUUCUUCCAACAACGCCUCCAACGCCAACUCGAAGAGGAAGCCCUCCAGGAGGGCGAACACCGCCGAGCGUAGGGCGACCCAUAACGCCGUCGAGCGUCAGCGCCGCGAGACCCUGAACAGCCGGUUCUUGGACCUCGCCGCGCUCCUCCCCAACCUCUCCCAGAUCCGCCGACCGUCCAAGUCGGCGAUCGUCAACUCCUCCAUCGCCCACAUCCACGCCUCCCGUCGCCACCGUCUCCUCGCCUCGCGCGAAGUCCGUCUCCUUAAGCUCGAAUCCGACGCCCUCCGCCGCGAGCUCAACGAAUGGCGUGACCGCGCCAACCUCCCCCGUGUCGAAGAGCCCGUCCGCUCCGAGGCCUUCGCCAUGGUCCUCUCCGGCGAGGUCGAAGUCCUCACUUCUAUCCCCGGCAUGGAGGACGAGGAAGACGGCGGUGACGACUACGGCGACGAAGGGCAGGAUAUCGCAGUGCCUAACAUGAGCUCCAUGCCCAUCAUCGACGAUAUCGAUCUCUACCCGAGCAACAAGGGCGGUAACCCCUACGGCGGGCACAACGUCUCCUCCUCCCAGUUCUCGAACAUCCUCCCUCGCCCGAUGGUCGCCCAGGGUCUCUCCGGCGUCAACUUCGAGAACCCCGCGAUGGGCCCCCUGUUCGACUCUCCCUCGCAGGGCUUCAACAACAUCGGCUUCAAUGGCCUCGGCGGCAACGGUCCCGACAUGGACAAGGUCGCGAACUGGAACAGCCAGCUCUACGCCGCGCAGCAGAUGCAGCAACAACAGCAACAACAGCAGUACGGCAACAACAUGUUCUCUCCUCCCGCCUCAUCGCACGGUUCCGCUCCCAACAGCGCCGCCCAGUUCGGCAACGGCGCCUACUUCGCCAAUAUGCAGCGCCAGCAGCAGCAGCAGCAGAUGCAGGGCAAUGGACACCUGUUCGGCAGUCCGGUCGAUAACGAGGACGCAUCCUCCGUCGGGUCAUCCGGUCACGGGCACAAUAUCGGACCUAUUAGCAUUGGCGGCGGCGCAAGGGGCCGCAGCGCGAGCAUGAGCACCGGGAGCGGGUACGGAUCGCCGCCGUUGCAUAGGAGUAACUCGUCUGGGAGUGGGAGUUAUGAGCUCGACGCGUUCGGUGGGAAGAGGAUGGGUGGCUCGGGCGCGAUGUGGAGGGAGUCGCCGAUUUCGGUUGGCGGAGGGGGAAACGCGAAUGGGUUUGCGAUGAUGAUGUGAGGAAAUUAUCGAGAACUUUUCUCUUUUUUCUCGCGUUUAGUCGUCGUCGAGCUCGUUCGAGCAAAGUAUACCCCACCCCUCUCACUCACUCCUACUUGCCAUUCGUUUGUUCUGCCCCCGCCCCCCGCUCCGCUCUUACUGUCCGCUUACAAGUUCCCCACUUGUUGUUUCGUGCUACUGCUUGCUGCCUGCGUUGUUUGUUAAACUUCUUAAUGGUCUGUUCUCCCCGCUGUAUUCUUCCAUCCCUCCGGUGCUCUCCUGCUCUCUGGUCUUCUGUUCUCCAAUUGUCAUUUUUCAUUCCACUCAACCUCUCCCCGCCCGCGUGGCGUUGCUCCGCGGCCCAAGCCCAGCUUCUCCGAGACUUCAGCUUCGCUUCGAUCCGCGGCCACCGGAUGCCACUUCACUGCCGAUAACGCCACACCCGACAUUGUCCCGCCUCCUGCUCCUCACCCGACCUCUUGCCACCUCAUCACCCCCUCACCUCUGCACUCCAAAACCUCGCUCGCUGGCCGUUGCGCCAUCGUCAUCGUCAUCGCCGUCACUUCAUUACACGCGUCGCUCGGCGUCGGUGGCCUUGGAUAUCGUGGCCGUAUCGGUCUCCGCCGUGUUCCAUACUACGUUUCCAAUCCUCCCACCCCUCCGUCUUCUUCACUUCUCCUAUCCUUCUAUUCGGCAAUUGCCUAUUUCAAGUCCCGUUUUUGUCUUCCUCUCCCCCCUUUGCUCGACGUUAUCGUCUUGCUUUUCUUUCCCAUCGCUUCGCUGUCCUCCUCCCCCGCGCGUCACGGCAUGCAUUGUUCGCUGUGCCUCGUCCCCCCGGUCCAUCCCCUCCCAUCGUGAAUCAUCAAUCACGCUCUUUUGCUUCCGGUGCCCGCACGGUCCCCGGAUCCGGUGAUCUCGUUGGCGUCUCUUUUUCUUUACUUAGUUAGGCUCUUGUGCUUCCUUUUCGGGAUGUGCUUUGUCGUUCGCGAUGGGUCAUUUGCUUCCGUUCUCCUUUUGAUUUUCUCCUUUCCUUUUUUCUAUUAUUGCGCGAUUGCGUUUUUCUCCAUUUUUGCGUGGGUUCGCCGGGCCGGGGGAUCGGUCCGGUGCAUGCGCUUUCCAUUCUUUUGAGGGUUUCGUGCGUUUGUUGGUGUAUAAUUCUUUCUCCGUGUUGGGGUUGAAAAGUUAUACGUUGAAGUUGAAGGUUAUUUAUUAGGCGCUACGUUGUAUGCUGUACUGUCCUUUCUCGGUUCUCGGUUAUUUAGUGUUCGCUGGACUCGGUUCUCCCUACUCCCUCAUAGAUACAUACUCCUCAUCACCACACUCAUACUCACACUCACACUCAUCCUCCCUUCCUCUCCUCCAUCCCUCCAUCCCUACCAUCGUCUCGUCGCCCCACUUGGACUCCACCCACCCGCCUUCUUCGGACUGACGGUCUCAGUCUCGGUCUCUCGGUCUCGUACCGUACAUUCGUACGCGAUCACGCUCCGUCGACAACAACAACACACUCGUUUGUUCUCCCACCCACCCGAACGAACGAACGAAAAAGCAAUGCAAAGGCUAAAACAAAAGGCCGCAUAAUUUAUUAGCAUUAGGCAUUUGUUAGAACAAAGUACGAUAGGAUUUAAAAUUACGUGUAUGUUAGGAAUCAGGAUAAGUGGAUAAGUUAUUUUUGGGUGGGGUGAUUACGUAAUUUUGGUAUUUAUGUCGCUGUUUGGGUUCUUGGAUUUAUUGUAUUGGG